CGGAGCUGAGAAAAAGAGUCAUCUUUGUAAGAAUUCAAUCUCGGAUCAUGCAAAAAGCUUACCCUAUUAUUGCAUUAUCGUUGGGAUAUAUUGUUGGGGUGUAGGCUUUGGCCCAUUUAGAUCUGGGAGCCAAAUAAGCGGUGAGCAGCAGCCGACCCUAGCUAGAAGUGCAGCAGCGUAGCUAGUUGGGCCUGUUUUUGGGUGGCAGUCAAACCCAGAGUUUAAUUAAAAGUUUACCCUAAUUGUUUGCCUAUAUAUAUUGUCUCUUUUAUAGUUGGACUAGUAAACUCCUGUUUUCUGUCACCUCAAUAAGAAAGAAAACACUGCCCCGUAGAUUAGGUCAGUAACAUUUACCCGUUGAACUACGCCUGCAGGAUUGCCUUGAAUUUUAUCUUCAAAGGAUCAUUGUAUAUAAUCACCAAGGGAACAUGGGUACUGUUGAUGUUAAAUCAGAUGGUGAGUAUUCUGCGAUUGGUGGUAAAGGUGAUCUCGGAUUCAUUGACAUUGAGAACUAUAAAUCUCGUGGCAGCUGUGAUCUAGAUGGAGAGAGUGAGAUAGUUCACAUAUCUGCUCCAUUUGCUUUGGUAAAUGGAAGACCAGUGUCCGGCUGUGUAGGAGAAACAAUUGUAAAUGCAACCACUGUAAAAAAUAUUACAGAUGACUCAUUGGAUUUAUCAUCAAUAAAGAUUCAUGACUCGAAACCUGAGGAUUCUUUCACACUCUCUUUGAUGGAGCCUCCAACAGCAACUUCUGAUGUUGAUUUUAUUGAAGAAUUUGUGGAAACCUUUAGUGUGGAGGAUAAAACACUGCGGCCAGGGCAAACUUUAACUGUUUGGUUAUCUUGUAAACCCAAGGAACCGGUGGGCGUAGCUCAACUGGUAGCGAGGGAGUGUCACAAGGGUUAGGUCUCGGGUUCGAAUCCCGGCAACUGCGAUGAAGGGUUACUAUGCUGAAAAAUGCAUAGGGCCUCUGCAAGUACCGGGGACAGAGCCCCACUCUCUAUCUGUCAGAUUGUGAUUAUAGUCCAAUUUACAUCCUCCCAACAUGCCGUCCGGUCGGUGUUGGGGGGCCCUCAGGGAUGGGGUGUCAUCUUUUUUUUUUGUAAACCCAAGGAAAUUGGACUGCACACAUCAGCUGUACACUUUAAAUUUGGUGAUGAGACAAUAGAGCGUCUGGUUUUUGUUUUGGCAGAAGACAAGGUUUCCCAGUCCUUAGUUUCAAACUGGGAUAAUAUCCCACCACCUGAAUCUGGUUAUUAUCAUUGAGAAGAUAUCCCACCUCAUACAUCUGCUAAUAAUUGGAAUACUAUCCCGCCAACUGAUGAGUCUGGUUAUAAUUGGGAAGACUUCCCACCACCUGUUACUGAUGAAAAUGAACGGUCCGACGAUGGCCGGAAGCAAUACUAAUAGUGGGAAAGAAAGCUUACUUGCAAUGGAAAUGAAUUGUUUAUUGAUGUUAGUAGGGGAGAGCAAACCCGACCCUACCCGAUUGACCCGACCAGAUAUAUCCGAUUAUUUUUUUUGGGUCGCAUAACCCGACCCGAAUCACCCAAACCUGACCCGAUUUUUGCAACCCGAGAAUAAGCAGGUGGCGGGUAGGGUUACCAAUUAUGCUACCCGACCCGCUCGAAAACCCGAACUAGCGUAGUAUAUAUACUACUUUGAAUUAUUAUACAUGUUCAAAUAUCUCAAUUAUUGUAUGUCAAUUACCAUAUUAUGCAUAUUCAAGUAUUUCAAUUACCGUAUUUGUAAAACUAUAGCUUUGAAUGUUGUAUUGUUAUGACUUUGAAUGAUA